AUGAAACAAAAGGAAACACAGCAAAAAGUAGAGAAAGAGUUAGAAGAUGCACAAAGUGAAAUAAAAGAUGCAAUAAAAGAAGAAAAAAAGAGAGGGGGCUCAAUUUCAUCAUUAGAAAAGGACUCAGAACAGCUAAACGAGUCUCUUUCAGGGCUUCAAGAACAAACCCAUUCAGCAAAGAACCGGCUGCUCAGAAAGAGUCUUCUGUGGAUAGGACUAGCUGUUUUAAUUGUUCUAAUUAUAGGCACUGUAAUAUUCCUAUAUAUAUACGAAAAGAUAAAAAAACUUAAAGAAUAA